UCUGCACCUCCCCCUUGGUCACAUGCACUUACUGACACCUCCCGAUCGAGGGAAAGUGUAUUUACCGGUAGUUCAUUUCAGGACAAUUAGUUGCCUGCUGCAGUCAUGAACUUUGCUAUUCGACUUGCAACAAAAGCAGAUUUUAAAGACAUAUGGAGACUGCUCAAGGAUUUGGCGAGCCAUCUAAAAAUGCUCGACCAAAUGACACAGACAUAUGAAGAAGUGCAACGCCACGGUUUCAGCCAGAAUCCCUGCUUUGAGUCUUUUGUUGCAGUGGUGCCAGAUGAACAUAAGUCUAAAGAAGGAUUCACAAUUGUUGGAUGUGCCCUUUACUUUGACAUCUACGACGUAUGGAAGGGGCAGGCCGUGUGUUUGGAUCAAUUCUAUGUGAUGCCAGAAUUCAGAGGAUUUGGCAUAGGAAAAGCUUUACUGAGCAAUGUUGCUAAGGUGGCGAAAGAGAAGGGGUGUUCAUUGUUGCAGUUGAAUGUGUUGGACUGGAACACUCCAUCACUAGACUUCUUUGCUGCGAGAGGAGCUCAGGAUAUCACUGUUAAGGAAGGCUGGCACGUCAUCAAUUUUGAUGGACAAAGUUUGGAACGUCUGGCAAAUGAAACCCGACAAAAUUAGAAGUGUACUUGGGGAAAAGUAAUUGACACGGUGCACAUGUAGUAUGUUAUUCAUGCGCUGGCUAGCUUGCAGGAGCUGAAUUUGUUGAAAAUGUAGCUGUUUUUGCCAUCUGUAAUGCCACAAA